CUUUUUUGGGUGAUGUCGCGGAGCCUCACACAUAUAGAAGUAGCGUAUUAUUGGAAUAUAUUUAGCGCGUGCGAUUCCGUCUGCUGUUCCACAAUGACAAUGAGGUCCCCUCUGCAGUGAUUAAUGGAUUUCCUCCAUUGAGAUGCAUAAUUAUGGACAUUUUUGUUCUGCUGGUGGUUCUUCUGUUGUGCAGCACUCAAGUUUCCACGCUACUAAAGCUGUCGCCCAUCAACUUGACUGUGCUUUCUGGGGACGAGGCCCGCUUUACCUGCAUUGCCCAGAGUGCGAAGUGGGAUGUGAUGCUGUGGGAGCUGAACAGCACAGUGGUGGUCACCAUCUCCAGAAUUCACGGUGUGCUUUCCUCCCCAAUUCCCAAUGUGACGGCAGUGAAAAGCCAGAAUGGAGAUGGUUGGGUGUUUGUUCUCAAGAGUGUGGAGAGGCUCCAUGAGGGCCAAGUGAGCUGUAACCUCGAGGGCAAUGACAAGAAAUCAGCAAGUCUCUUCGUUCAAGAAACAGGCACCGUGACAGUCCUUGGAGGCAACGCAAUAGCUUUGAAAGGGCAGUUGGUCCAGUUUGAGUGUGAUGCCGUGGGAUGGUACCCCAAACCUUCUUUGCAUUGGGAAGUCAACGGUAAAAAGUUGAGCCAGAGUGAAUACAACCUCAGCAGUGUACAGAGGGGAAAGAGUCUCUUCGCUGUGAGCAGCAACCUCAGCAUGACUGCGAAAAAAAGCUCAUGUGUUGACUGUCUGGUCUCAGUAUCCGCCCUGCCUGUGCCACUGAUGAGCAGCAUUCGUCUGACAGUAGUUGCCGAGGUGGUGCAGGAUGAAGAUGACUGCACAGUCCCAUUGGCGGUAACGUCCUCCCUCACCGCGCUUCUCCUGCUUCUCCUGCUCUGCAUCUGCACUGUCCUCUGGUACAGAGAAAGGAGACAAGCAAAGAGAAGCUCACAGGACACAAUAAGGUGUGAGGAACGGAACAAUGGCCAGAGUUUGCCUGCUGGUGGCAGGGUCAAUUUGGGAUUUAUGAGUGAGGCCCCAACAGAUGCUGUUUACGAAGAGAUAAUCAAGGGAAUUCAUAGCAAGAAGGAUUUGGUCAGCGUUGAGAAGGUCCCUGAUGUUGUAACAUCUAGCAGCCUGUGUUUACAUCGCGAUGGUCACGCCCAAGUCGACCUUUCAGAGGGGAACUCGAAGAACAUCCGGAAAGUUACGACAGUUUAAACACAUUUAAUGUGUUGUGUGAAUGUGGAUGCGAAGUAUUUUCGGCAAGAUGUUCAACUUUUUGUAAAGCCACUUGCUCAGUGCAGGAGUUCUUAAUUACAACGGAACUUCUCAUGGCGAAGACUCUACUGCAAAAAAAUAAAAAAUAAAGGGAACGCUUAAAAAAUGUAACUACAAGUGUUCCCUUUAUUUUUUUUGAGCAGUUUAUUUGUCUCUGUAUGCUGGUUGACCACUAAUUAGUUCCGUUUUUGACAAGGAAUAGCGGAAAAUUUGAAGGAGAAAAAAAAUGGUCCCGUAUUCAUGAUUAAACCUUUUGAAACACUGCGAGCAAUGUCUCAAGUAACAAUUAUCGUAGCUAUUUGACAUUUUCAUGUUUUUGUAUGAUUUAAAAUGAAAUGAACAAAAAAAUUAACAAUACUCCUACUCAUGUUCUGACAAUUUUGAGAGCAACCUUUUGCACAAUUCGAAACAAACGUUUUCCUCACAAUUUAGAGCCUUCAAAACAUGUAUGCAUUUAGAUCCUUGGAUAUGCAAGUAUUGGAAAUGGGUCUGAAUCAUUUUGUACAUGCCUAUAAUUUAUGUCAAUUUUUUUAAAGACAUUAAAAAAAAAACAAUUACAAA